CAACCACAACCAAGCUCAAAUUUCACCACCAAAGUUAUGGAGUUAGAGAUUCUUUCUUGGUCUUUCUAUGCUGUAGCAUGGGUUACAGCACUAGCACUCAUCUUAGUCUCCAGCAACCUCCAUCGUCGCCGGAAAUUAAACUCCCCUCCUGGUCCAAAACCAUGGCCGAUCAUCGGCAACUUCAAUCUCAUAGGUUCCCUCCCUCACCGUUCAAUUCAUAAACUCUCCCUCAUCUAUGGACCUUUGAUGCAAAUCCACUUAGGUUCACACCCUGUUCUUGUUGCUUCUUCAGUCGAAAUGGCCAAAUUAAUCCUCAAAACCUAUGACCUCAAAUUCGCUUCCCGACCCAAAACCGCCGCCGGAAAACACACAACUUACAAUUAUUCCGACAUAACAUGGUCUCCUUAUGGCCCAUACUGGAGACAAGCCCGGAAGAUGUGUCUUAUGGAGCUGUUCAGUGCCAAACGUCUCGAAUCUUACGAAUACAUUCGUGUAGAAGAGACCCGGGAGCUUCUCACCGGACUUUUCGCCGCUGUCGGAGAGCCGGUAAGCCUUAAAGAUCAUCUUUCUAAUGUUAGUCUCAAUGUUAUAAGCCGUAUGGUAUUGGGGAAGAAGUAUUUGGAUGAGUCUACGACGUCGAUCAUUACGCCGGAGGAGUUUAAGAAGAUGUUGGAUGAAUUGUUCUUGCUUAAUGGUGUGAUGAAUAUAGGUGAUUGGAUUCCAUGGAUUGAUUUCUUGGAUUUGCAUGGUUAUGUGAAGAGAAUGAAGGUUUUGAGUAAGAAGUUUGAUUGGUUUUUAGAGCAUGUAAUUGAUGAACAUAAGGAAAGAAUGAAGGGUGUGGAAAAUUAUGUUGCAAAGGAUAUGGUUGAUGUCUUGUUGCAGCUAGCAGAGGAUCCUGACCUUGAAGUCAACCUUCACCGGAAUGGGGUGAAAGCAUUUACUCAGGACUUAAUAGCGGGAGGCACAGAGAGCUCUGCUGUGACUGUGGAAUGGGCACUUUCUGAGCUAUUGAAGAAGCCAGAGAUCUUCAAAAAAGCUUCAGAAGAGCUAGAUAGGGUGAUUGGCAAGGAUAGAUGGGUUGAAGAGAAAGACAUACCAAACCUACCAUACAUCGAAGCCAUAGUUAAAGAGACAAUGAGAAUGCAUCCAGUGGCACCAAUGCUAGUACCAAGAAUAGCCAGAGAAGAUUGCGAAAUUGGUGGUUAUGAUAUUCAAGAAGGAACUCGAGUACUCGUUAAUACAUGGACCAUAGGGAGGGACCCUGAAUUAUGGGAAGCUCCAGAUGAAUUUCGACCGGAGAGAUUUAUCGGGAAGACGAUUGAUGUGAAGGGACAAGAUUUCGAGUUAUUGCCAUUUGGAUCAGGAAGGAGAAUGUGCCCGGGGUACAGCCUUGGGCUCAAAGUGAUUCAAUCAAGUUUGGCUAAUCUUUUACAUGGGUUUGUGUGGAAAUUGCCUAACCAAAUGAAGCCGGAGGACUUGAACAUGGAGGAAAUUUUUGGGUUGUCCACACCUAAGAAGUUCCCUCUUAUGGCUGUUGUGGAACCUCGACUUCCUUCUCAUGUCUAUUCUCAGUGAUUAUGUUCUA